AUGACUUGGAGUGAUAUAUUAGAGAAUCUGAUGCUAUUAAGGUUGUCAAGCACUGUAAUGUUCUCAGUUGUGAAAACUAGGAAAGCAAGGAAUAUAAUUGAUUCUAUCUUUGAUUCUAAUCAGGUGUUUCUUAAGGAUACUGAUGCUAUUUCUCAAGAGAUAAUUUCUUUCUAUAAGUCCCUUUUAGGGACUAAGGCUUCUUGGCUUCCUUCUUUUGACCUUGUUACUAUGAGAAGAGCUAAGCAGCAUAGUAUUGAUGCUCAGAUUUACCUUAUUCAGCCUGUUUGUCAUGCUGAAAUUGAUGAUGCUCUUAAUGGUAUUAAUAACACUAAGGCUCCUGUCCCUAAUGCUUCUCAUGUAAAGGAUUUUAGGCCUAUAGCUUGUUGUACUGUUGUUUAUAAGCUUAUCUCGAAGAUUAUCACUACUAUACUUGCUAUUGUUAUUGGUGAGGUCAUUAAUGAUGCUCAAGCAGGUUUCAUUCUAGGCAAGCAUAUUCGAGAUAACAUCCUCAUUGCAAUUGAGUUGAUCAAGGGAGCUUGGUUAAGACAAGGUGAUCCUAUGUCUCCUUUCCUUUAUGCUAUAAGCAUUGAGUACCUUUCCAGAUGCCUUUAUGAGCUUAGGCUAGCUCCAGAUUUCAAUUUCCAUCCUAGAUAUGAAAAACUAAGCGUAACUCACAUGAUGUUUGUUGAUGAUUUAUUAAUGUUUUCUAGAGCUGAUAGUAUUUCUGUUAAUCUUCUCUUUCAAGAUUUUUCUAAAUUCUCAGAAGCUUUAGGCUUUUCUACUAAUCUUUAUAAAAGUGAAUUCUACUUUGGUGGGAUUUCUGCUGAAGUUGAGACUGAGCUUAGAGAGCUUCUAGGAGUCUCUCAAGGAUAUAUUCCUUUUAGAUAUCUUGGAGUCCCCCUUUCUUCUAAGAAGCUUACAAUUGCCCAAUGUAGGCCUCUAGUGGAGAAAGUGACUACAAGGAUUCAAGGGUUGAUGGAUAAACACGUCUUAUGCUGA